AACUCGUUCCUCCCUGAUUGCCCAAAACAACAGACAGCAUACCGUACUCAAACAACAACCGGCAAACUACAAACGACAAACGACAAACAAGCAACAGCAAGUUUUGGCAAGGAAGCGGCCAACCCAGCAACCAGCGCAAUCAAACACCAGCCCGGACGAUCGCAAUGAAAYGGGUGUGGACGGGUCCCCAGUGGGCCAGCCGGAUCGCGGGGUCUUGGCAGACUUCCGGAGACACGUUUUUUUACGCAUCAGCAUCGGCUGUUGCUGUAGCUCCCCGGAGGCGUUGGUUUGGCGCAAGCCCAAGUGGACCGGGMCCGRGAACUCCGYKGUUGGYGGGAAAGCAACGAUCGGUGUCYCCGAGAGGCGGGAGGGGGGCCUUUCGGGCAGCACCGGCGUUUCUCCGCGGCUCCUGUUCCUGCCGUUGCAACGACGGUAUGGGAGCCCGACGGUUGUCCACCGAGGCAGGUGUUGGCAUGGCAAGAACCGCAGGGUUUGGAAAGGGCAGCAACCACAGCAAUAGUAACAACAACAGCAACAACAACUCAACCACCGAAGACGAUCCGUGCACGAAGAUCUACAACACGAUGACUGGAUCYCUGGAAUCUCUCCCUCCGAGCACGGAUCCGAGUCAGCUGGGGCUGGGCUGGUACACCUGCGGUCCCACGACGUACGCCCCGGCCCACCUGGGCCACGCCCGGACGUACGUUUGCCUGGACAUUCUCCGGCGGGUCGUGGUGGCAAGCGCAAAUUCCUACACGAACGACGGGAAUGGAUCGGAGGGAGGCAAGACGACGCCGGAACCCCUCUUCGUCCUCAACAUUACCGACGUGGACGACAAGACGCUCGCGGCCGCGCAAGACUCCGGGGAGGAUCCCCUGCUGCUCGCUCGGAGGUACGAGCGGGAGUUCUGGAGGGACUGGGACGCCCUCAACUGCCUUCGCCCGCACGUCGUGACCCGCGUUACGGAGCACGUCGACUCGGACAUUGUUCCCUUCAUCGAGCGCCUGGUGGAGAAGGGAAUGGCCUACGAACUCCGGGGCACCGGCAACGAAGAGGACGACGGAGGGGUCUAUUUCGAUGUGCGAGCCUACAACGAGAAACUGGGCCACCUGACCAGGUACGGGAAGCUCGCACCACCCGCUGCAUCGCACGGGGUAGAGGACAUUUUCCGCAACAACGCAACAGGCGGCGGCGGUGAACCCGCCCCGCCAGAGGUCCCCCCCAACCAGAAACGAGACCCGAGGGACUUUGUUCUUUGGAAAACACGCAAAAGGGGGCGGGAAGCCCUUUCCUGGUCCUCGCCGUGGGGAGACGGAAGGCCCGGCUGGCAUAUCGAGUGCAGCGCGAUGAUCGAAUCCGUCCAGGAAAAAUUCCGAGACUCGCACCGGUUCCUUGUCCACGCGGGCGGAAUCGACCUGAAGUUCCCCCACCACACCAACGAGAUCGCCCAGUCCGAGGCCUACCUGGGGGUUGGCAAAUGGAUCCCACACUGGAUCCACACCGGCCACCUCCACAUCGACGGGCUCAAAAUGUCCAAGUCGCUCAAGAAUUUCGUCAGCAUCGAAGAUUUCCUGAACGGCAGGGUUUCCAGUGUGCACAUCGACGGCGACGGCCACGACGACAGUUCUCCUGCUGUAGAAGAUGAGAGGGGGGAAAGCGGUGCCCCCCGGAGCACCUUCGAGAGUCCUUCGGACGAUUUCCGGUUGUGGUGCCUGGGUCUCUCGGGUUCGUACCGCGGCCCGGCCACCUUUUCGAUGGCGAGAAUCGGGGAGGCCCGCUCGGUGAGGCACAAGAUCGUGCGCUUUCUCCUCGAUGGGGAGACAUGGGUACGYGACUCAGAAGACGACCCAGACCGGUUCUCCCGGUCGUCCAAGAAAUGGAGCGACGACGCGUGCGCUUUUUUCGGGGCCACCGAUCGGGCGAAGAAGCGAGGCCUAUCGGCCCUGGAAAACGACCUGAACGGGUCCGCCUUUCUAUCCGAGCUUCUGGCGAUCGCGGACGAGGGAACAAAGUACAUGCAGAGAGGGGACGYGCGGCCCGCCGAGCCYCUCGUGUCGGCGCUUCGGGAGGUCCGCACCCUCCUGCGGCUGGUUGGCUUUACGGAGACAACGACCGAGGCCGGUGUUCGAACGGAAGCCGCCGGCGAUCGCUCCGGCCGCGUGUGUGGGGAGGCCCUCGCCGAUUGCCUCGUCCGGUAUCGUUCCGCGGUGCGUGCGAUCGCCCUCGGGGACCUCUCCUCGUCGGGAAGGAAGCAGCUCCUUGCUCUCUCGGACGAGCUCCGGGAUUCGGUUCUUCCGGAAUUGGGGGUCCGGGUGAUCGACGGCAACCGCCGGGACGAGACGGGCGACGGGUGGAAGUUCUGUUUGCCCCGGACACCGUCGAGCGAUCGAACAGAGGGCAUCCCAGCGAAGGAUGGAAAACCAAGUAGUAGUAGCAGCAGGCGCAGUGAGAGCUCGGACCUAGGGUCGAUACCGAUCGGAGAGUUUUUCAAGACCGGGCAGUACGAAGGAAACUUUCUUGCGUAUACCGAGGAUGGUAUUCCUACUCACAAUGCAGAUGGAUCGGAAGUGUCGAAACGGUUGCUCAAGAAACUACUGAAAAAACGAGAAAAACACCGAUCGCGACUCGAGAAACAAAACAGACAAAACUAGGACCGUCUUUAGACUCAGCCACGC